ACGCAGCUGAAGCGGCGGUUCGGCCAACGGCCCGGGAAACGGCCGGGAUUUGGGACAGUACAGAGCUCCAAACGCCCCCGGGAGCCGCUGCAGCAGUGCCUGGCGCGUGGAGCGAGGGGCUGUUAAAACUAAAAAGGAAAUUAUCGCGUAGAAAAAUGUCCCUGAUCUUAACCUGUGUGUUUACGCUGCCAUUCAAGCCGUGUCAGUCUGCAAUAGAAACAGAAGCUUUCUUGCUCUGUACCUCAGAACUGAGUUACCAGUAUAGUGACCAUACAGGAUGAAAAGAAAAGAAGUGCCCAUUUUUCAGAUGCCAAAGUUUGUUCCGUGAAACAGUAUUUUGCUGUGAAAAAUGAAAGAAUCUUUCUAGACACUGUUAAAGGUAGCUGAUGGACUUAGAAAAAUGCUUUGUUUGAGGCAAGUUUGCUUGUCUGCACUGAGACAUUACCAAGCCCGAACUCUGAGCAACGAUCUGCUUCUGAGCCAGAUAAAUAACUGUACCCAUGAAGAUGAAGUGUUCAGCCUUGUUGGCAAGAACAAGGCCAGGCUUUCUGAAAAGCAUGUGGGGAUUGCAUUGAAUGUGUUAUGGCAGUUGCAGAAGAAGAAGCCACUUCUCUUAAGGACUUCUGACUAUGUAAGAAAUCACUCCCAGUUUCUAACUCUUUGCUUUUUAGCAGAAAACAAAGUAGAACACAUGGAUAAUGAGGCAAUAGUGGACGCUCUGUAUAGUAUACUGAGGCUCAGUGUGGAAAGCCAUGAUUCCUUGGCAGGAGCGCUCGUUACAGAGGCGUGGAAAAGAUUGGAAAGCCUUAGUUUACCAGCUUUGUCUAAAUUUGCACUGUGUUUACACAAGCAGCGCAGACAUUUUAGUCCCCUAACUGGCAAAAUAGCACAUCUUGUGGACACAAAACUGGAUUACGUACAGGAUAUAAGGAUCUUGUCAGUUUUGAUGAUCAGUGUAUCUGGUGUCAUCUCACGGAGUUUUCAGGACCGAUUACUACAGAAGGUGGAACAACUAUUGGGAGAAGAAGUCCAUUUCAACUAUGCCAAAAGAAUUGUACAGUUUCUUCAACUUAGUAAACUGGCAUAUCCUUCUUUGCUAGAAAAAUGCAACAAGGUUUUCUUAAAAAGCACCUCUCAUCUUGAUUUAGACAAUAUUAGUCUUAUUUUUGGACUGUAUGAACAGCUGGGUUUUGACAGUGCAGAGUUCUGCCUCAUUGCUAAACAGCUGCUGUCUGAAUCAAUAGAUGAUUACCAUGAUCCUGAAUCUUUUGCAAAAUUAUUUUUUGUUCUUGGGCCUAUGGCUGGGUCCAAGGUAAGAGAAAGGUUGCUAACAACUGCAGCACUCAUUGCAGAAGGAUUUAGCAGUCAUCAAGCAUUAGUGAUACUGAAGACAAUGCUGAAAAUGAAAUGUAGACAUUCUCACCUGCUUGAAAAAAUGGUUUCUGUUCUGCAUAGACACUUGGAUGGCUAUCACGUAUUGCAGUUGGUAAAGUUAACACAGUGCUUGGUGUUGUUGCAUUGCCAUGAUCAGGAGUUGUUUGCCAAGCUGAAAAUGUUGUUAUUUGGUUUUCUAAAAUCUAGUGUCAUACCUGCUGAUACUGCUGCAAUAAUUCGCACACUGGCCAUGCUUCCAUCCUCUCAAGUGGAGGAAAUCAUUAUAAACAAAGCAACAGCAGUUCUACCUCAGUGCAAACUCCAGAACCUCAGUUGCAUUGCUACAGCUCUUGUCAAAUGGAAUCAUUAUGACGAGUUGCAGUGGCAAAACACUUCUGAGCUACAUGCAAAGCUUCUGCAAAAACUGAAUGACUGUGGAUUUCAGAGACUUCAGGAAGCCAGGAACUUAAAUCUCCUGUUGGAAGAAUUUACACAUGUGAAUGGAGAGUGGUUGCAGGAAGUCAUCAGUGAGGAGGCUGUGGCUGCAUGUCGACGUUUGAUAGAUCAAGUAACAUGGGCAAAUGUGUUACAGUUGUCUGUUUUUCUCAUAAAAACAAACCAUCGCUGUCCUUCAUUACUUGACAGAAUAGCAUCUGUGACUGUUCAAAAUAUAAACAAGAUCCACCCACUGGAAAUGUAUUUCAUUCUCUAUCUUUUCUCUGUUCUGAACUAUGAUCCUCCUGCCAAUGAAGAGUUCUUUCAGAGUUGUAUCCAACAUCUGACUUCUAAUUUGAGUUGUUUUGAAACUCAUCACUUGGUGCUGCUGGGUUACAUUUUGGCAGUGGCUGGGUAUUUUCCUCCAGCUCUCAUAAAGACAGUAUUUGAUGUUUCUUUCCUAAGCAGAUUGGAUGCUCAACUUGAAGUCCUGUCUGAUACCUUGAGGCAGAGGGUCCGCGCGCAGCUUAUGAAACUGAACAGAGCAGUCUGUCUGGAAUGUCCGGAGUUUCACAUCCCUUGGUUUCAUGAGCACUAUUUCCAGCGUGUCUCGUGUAAAGGCAUUAGCCGAAUAAAUCCACUGCGACAGCAUGUUCACAGAAUGCUGGCAGAGAUCUUAGGAGGGAGCCAUUAUGCAAGAGUAUCUGUUCUCACACCAUACUACUAUGAAAUAGAUUUUGAAUGCAUUCUGGAUAAAAAUAAAAAGCCUCUUUCUUACAUGGCUCAGAAUAUACUUCUGGAUGAUUUGAGGGGAAUACACUUGAGACGUGACAUCAAGGAUGAAGAGAGAAAGGCAUUGCCACAAGGGGCUCAGAGAAUUGCUUUGGAAUUUCUCGAUUCGAAAGCUUUUAGUAAAGAUUCACGCCACCUGAAAGGAGAACCUGCCUUGAAAAAACGACACCUGGAAAUUCUGGGGUAUCGGGUCAUUCAGAUUCCUCACUUUGAAUGGAAUUCUAUGGUUCUGUCCACGAAACCUGAGCAGCUUGAGUAUCUGAGAAAACGUCUGUAUGAAGCUCAGUGAUACCAAAGAUGUAAUUAGAAGUAAAUUUUUUUAAUAUACUUUGUAUAACAUUAAACUUCUUGUAACCCAGGAAUACAUGCCAAAAUUUCUGUGUGAGUUAGCUGGACUAAGUCUUGCCCUAGGGCAGUGGCUGUCAUGAGACUGGAUCCUACAUUUGUUAGGGGCUGUAAAAGGCUGGUCACAAUAUGCUACGAAGAUGUGAUUGAGAUGCAUAAAAGCUCCCAUUUCUGGAAGCUAUUAUUUAAGUAUAUGGGUCCGUGACAGUUUUGCCAUACAACUGCAUUAUUACCUACUGAGAUUUGAGCAGAUAUUAAACUGUCCAAAGAAAGAGUUGGAAAUACUGACUACGGAAGAGGAGGUAGCAAAUAGAGUGGAAACUAUGUAUGUCCUCCAGCAUGUGACAAAAUGAGCAAUAGGGAUCAAACAGUCUCUCUGUACUGUGAAACUAACAAAGUGAAAUGUAGAUUUACUAAGAAUAGGACUGCUAUUACAGCCAUUCUGUUUUCAUCUUCUAGAGCACAGAGAAUGUGGGUGACAAUGUCAGGGGAGGGUGUGGUGCAGUGAGGAACCUCCAGCUGCUUGCUUUUUCUACCCUGUGAUACAGCAUAUACAAAAGAAGGCUUGAAGCCUUUGGAAUGCCUUCACAAACCUGAAAGGUAAAGUAGCUGGAGAGGUCUGGCAGUCACCCAUUAACACCUGCAGUCCAGUUCAACUUGGAAGGGAUAACUGAGGGAUGAGGAGGAAGUACUGUUUGUGUCAGACACAAGUACCUAUCAGUGACUGGAUAAUUUGUGAAAAUGUUUGUAAUUAUCAGUUGGACCACUCCUUUCUAAUAGUAAUAAAACAAAAUUAAUCUA